CAGAGGUAUAGAUAGUCCAACAAAAUGGAAGGAGGAAAAUUUUGGGGAACAAGGAUGGCAGUUGCCAGAGCUAUAACCAGCAUGAUGAUUCUCCGAGCUUUCAAUUCCCGCCAUUUCCCUUCUUCUUCUUUUUUUACGCCGCCGUCUCUCUCGCCGUUGAGCUCCACCGCUCUUCACUACACCCACCGUCAAAUCAGCUCCGCCAAAGCCAUCUGCGCGGCGGCGUCCUCCGACGACAAGAAGGUCUCCGCUCGCCUCUCUCAAGUUCACCAGCUACUCCAUGAAGCCGAGGAAAGGGCUAGCUCCGCCGGCUGCGAACCUAUUCCUCAAAUCACUCUCGACCAAGUAACUGUUAGCUUCGCUAGAAGUGGUGGCCCUGGAGGUCAGAAUGUGAACAAAGUGAACACCAAAGUGGACAUGCGCUUCAACGUUAAAAAUGCGCACUGGCUAAGUGACAGGAUCAAGGAGAAGAUAUUGCAAACGGAGAAGAACAGAAUCAACAAAGAUGGCGAAAUUGUCAUUUCUUCAACAAGGACCAGAACCCAGAACACUGAUCUCAUUGCAACUUGUCCUCAGGGGUAAUAUUGAUGAUGCCUUGGAAAAACUGCAGGAAAUCAUCAAAGCUGCCUCUUAUGUUCCACCGCCUCCUUCAGAAGAGCAAAAGAAGAAGAUUGCAAAGCUAGCUGCCAUAGGUGAGCAGAGGAGACUGAAAAGCAAGAAGGUUCUUUCGGAUAAGAAAGCUUUUAGAAGAGGCCGAGACAACUGGGACUGAAUGGCUGAUUAUCAAUACUUGACGAUCGGUAUAAAAAACACAAGCACUUGCCACAAUACCAGUAUACAUACACUGGCAAAACAAGGCUCAAAGAAAUGGUUUCUUUGAAUUCUUUUAGUAGACAGAGUUCUGCCCUACAUCUUCCAGUUUCCACAUUCUGUCACGAAACUCAUUCGAUUGCUGUGAAGCAGCACUUGUAGGUAACUAGGUAUAUUGUUCCAAAUAGUGACAUUGUGCAUUCAAUUAAUUCAUCUUGAAAUGGAUGUGUUGUUGAGAACUGAGAUGUGUAGUUUGGAUAAUGUGUUUUGACUUUUGACCAUGUAGUAUGGGU